GGGACAACCAAAAAAGAAAAUUUUGCAAAUUAAAUCAAAUUGGGACGGAGGGAGUAGAUUUUAUGGUAUUUAAAGUGUGAGCCAUAAUAUAUAGGGAGCUGAGGAUAAACAAUUUCAAAUUUUAUGACACGUAGGGAUAGACCCUCAAUAGGGAGCCACGUUGUCAUUACAUUGCAUGCAUUUCCACUCUCGCCCUCUAUAUAUAAGCAAAUAAAUCGAUACAAUUCUUAAUUGGUAUGGCCGGAUAAACAAUGGGCGGGGCCCACCUUCUAAGUCUCUUCAAUUCCUCCUCCUCAGGGGCAGCUUCCAGGCUCAUGAGCCGUCUACCUGCGGUGGUCUCGGAGUCCCAGAGGCGUUUGUCAAACCACCAUGGUGGCGGUGGCGGGGUGGUGGGAGAAGACGAUAAAGCAGCCACAACAGAAGAAGAGUUCAAACGGGUAGCUGAAGAAAAGGAACGCUGCCGCCGCCACAGGCUUGCUAGUCAGACUGUCGACAAGGCAGGAGAUGGUGCUUUUGAAGCUGCGGCAGCUGCCACGGUCGACGGAAGCAGCGGCUCUGAUUUUGAAUCUGUGAAGGAGACCUUUAAGCAUGACCAACCCUCAUCGCCACCGCCGCCAAGGUAACUUAAUUCCCUGGGCUGCACGCGGCGUGCCCGCCCGCAGAGAUGGGAUGGAUGCAUGUGAGCUAGCUAGGGUGGUAUAUGUAUGUAUGAUACGGAGUAUUGUACAUUUGUACUAGUAUAUGAAUAUAUGGAGUAUGUGUUCACUCCACGUCCAAGUAACUCUUUUCUAUGUUUAAUGCACCAAACCUUCCUGAUAGGGCGCAUUAAUCACAAAAUAAUUAAUGUGUCAAACUCUCUUGUGUUUUAAUUAAUUAUGCACAAAAUCUCUUCUAUAAACAAA